CACGUCUUUAAGCUGGAACAAGAAGAAUAUAUGAAGGAACAAAUACCAUGGACCUUGAUUGAUUUCUACGACAAUCAGCCUUGCAUCAACCUUAUAGAGGCCAAAAUGGGAAUUUUGGAUCUGCUGGAUGAGGAGUGCAAGAUGCCAAAAGGCUCAGAUGAUACUUGGGCCCAAAAGCUCUACAAUACUCAUUUGAAUAAAUGUGCCCUCUUUGAAAAGCCACGUUUGUCAAAUAAGGCUUUUAUCAUCAAGCACUUUGCUGACAAGGUGGAAUAUCAGUGUGAAGGCUUUUUGGAAAAGAAUAAAGACACAGUUUAUGAAGAACAAAUUAAGGUCCUAAAAUCAAGUAAGAAGUUUAAGCUGCUACCGGAGUUAUUCCAGGAUGAGGAGAAGGUCCUCAGUCCCACGUCAGUGACCCCUUCAGGGCGCGUGCCUUUGUCUCGAACGGCUGUAAAGCCGGCCAAGGCCAGGCCCGGCCAGGCCAGCAAGGAGCAUAAGAAGACCGUGGGGCAUCAGUUUCGAAACUCCCUCCACCUGCUGAUGGAGACCCUGAACGCUACAACGCCACACUACGUGCGCUGCAUUAAGCCUAACGACUUCAAGUUUCCGUUCACGUUCGAUGAAAAGCGGGCCGUGCAGCAGCUGAGAGCUUGCGGUGUGCUGGAGACCAUCCGAAUCAGUGCAGCUGGCUUCCCCUCCAGGUGGACGUACCAAGAGUUCUUCAGCCGUUACCGUGUUCUGAUGAAACAGAGGGAUGUCCUUAGUGACCGAAAGCAGACAUGUAAAAAUGUCCUGGAGAGGCUGAUUCUGGACAAGGAUAAGUACCAGUUUGGCAAGACAAAAAUAUUUUUCCGGGCUGGUCAAGUAGCCUAUCUGGAAAAAAUAAGGGCAGAUAAGUUGAGAGCCGCCUGUAUCCGCAUCCAAAAGACGAUCCGAGGCUGGCUGAUGCGCAAGAAGUACGUGCGUAUGAGGAAGGCUGCCAUCACCAUUCAGAGAUAUGUCAGAGGGUACCAAGCACGAUGCUAUGCCAAGUUCCUGCGGAGAACACGGGCUGCCGUCACUAUUCAGAAGUUCCAGCGCAUGUACGUGGUCCGCAAAAGAUAUCAGAGCAUGCGAGCUGCUACUAUUGCUCUUCAGGCUCUCCUAAGGGGUUACGUGGCCAGGAACAAGUUCCAAAUGAUGCUUCGGGAGCACAAGUCUGUUAUUAUUCAAAAACAUGUAAGAGGCUGGCUGGCUCGAAGGCGCUACCGUCGGACCCUGAAGGCAAUUGUUUACUUGCAAUGCUGUUACCGGCGCAUGAUGGCCAAGAGGGAGCUGAAGAAGCUGAAGAUAGAGGCCCGAUCUGUGGAACGCUACAAGAAGCUUCACAUUGGCUUGGAGAACAAGAUCAUGCAGCUGCAGCGGAAGAUUGAUGAGCAGAACAAAGAGUACAAAUCCCUGCUGGAGAAGCUGAGCAACCUGGAGAUCACGUACAGCACGGAGACGGAGAAGCUGCGGAGCGAUGUGGAAAGGCUUCGGAUGAGCGAGGAGGAGGCGAAGAACGCAACCAACCGUGUCCUCAGCCUCCAGGAGGAGAUUGCCAAGCUGCGGAAGGAGCUGCACCAGACUCAGUCUGAGAAGAAGACCAUUGAGGAACGGGCAGACAAAUACAAACACGAAACCGAGCAGCUGGUGUCAGAGCUGAAAGAGCAGAACACAUCACUGAAAACAGAAAAGGAGGAGCUAAACCGCCGCAUCCAUGACCAGGCGAGGGAAAUCACAGAGACGAUGGAAAAGAAGUUGGUAGAGGAAACGAAACAGCUAGAGCUCGAUCUGAAUGAUGAACGGUUACGGUACCAGAACCUGCUGAAUGAGUUCAGCCGUUUAGAGGAGCGGUAUGACGAUCUCAAGGAUGAAAUGAACUUAAUGGUGAACAUCCCUAAGCCUGGGCACAAAAGGACGGAUUCAACUCACAGUAGCAAUGAAUCUGAAUAUACCUUCAGCUCUGAGAUCACAGAAGCAGAAGACUUACCGGUGAGGAUGGAGGAACCGAGUGAGAAAAAGGCACCGCUGGAUAUGUCUCUUUUCCUCAAGCUGCAGAAACGGGUUACAGAGCUGGAGCAAGAAAAGCAAUCCCUGCAGGAUGAGCUGGACAGGAAGGAAGAACAGGCUCUCCGUGCUAAAGCUAAGGAGGAUGAAAGGCCUCCAAUAAGAGGUGCAGAGUUGGAGUAUGAGUCGCUCAAGCGUCAAGAACUUGAAUCGGAGAAUAAAAAACUGAAGAACGAGCUGAAUGAGCUGCAGAAGGCGCUCACAGAAACACGAUCUCCAGAGGUAACAGCUCCUGGUGCCCCUGCGUAUAGAGUCCUGCUGGAUCAGCUGACUUCGGUAAGCGAAGAGCUUGAAGUCCGCAAGGAAGAAGUCCUCAUCCUGAGGUCCCAGCUCGUUAGCCAGAAAGAGGCUAUUCAGCCCAAGGAGGAUAAGAAUACCAUGACAGAUUCCACAAUCCUCUUGGAAGAUGUACAAAAGAUGAAGGACAAAGGAGAAAUAGCCCAGGCAUAUAUUGGACUGAAGGAAACAAACAGGCUGCUGGAGUCUCAGCUUCAGUCGCAGAAGAAGAGCCACGAGAAUGAACUGGAAUCGCUGCGAGGUGAGAUCCAAGGUCUGAAGGAAGAAAACAACCGCCAGCAGCAGCUCCUAGCCCAGAACCUGCAGCUGCCUCCAGAGGCCCGCAUCGAAGCCAGUCUGCAGCACGAGAUCACCCGGCUGACUAAUGAGAACUUGGAUUUAAUGGAGCAGCUCGAAAAGCAAGACAAAACUGUUCGCAAGUUAAAGAAACAGUUGAAAGUAUUUGCUAAGAAGAUCGGUGAACUUGAAGUGGGCCAGAUGGAGAACAUAUCACCUGGACAAAUCAUUGACGAACCUAUUCGUCCGGUUAACAUUCCAAGGAAAGAAAAGGACUUCCAAGGAAUGUUAGAAUAUAAGAAGGAGGAUGAACAAAAACUUGUGAAGAAUCUUAUUUUGGAGCUGAAACCACGCGGGGUAGCCGUCAACCUGAUCCCGGGCCUACCAGCGUAUAUUUUGUUCAUGUGCGUACGCCACGCGGAUUACCUUAAUGACGACCAAAAAGUGCGGUCGCUGUUGACUUCCACUAUCAACGGCAUCAAAAAAGUGCUGAAGAAAAGAGGUGAUGACUUCGAAACAGUGUCCUUCUGGCUAUCAAACACCUGCCGAUUUUUGCACUGCCUGAAGCAGUAUAGCGGAGAAGAGGGGUUUAUGAAGCAUAAUACGCCUCGUCAAAAUGAACACUGCCUCACUAAUUUUGAUUUAGCUGAAUACAGACAAGUACUGAGUGACUUGGCUAUUCAGAUCUACCAACAACUUGUCCGAGUGUUGGAGAACAUUCUGCAGCCGAUGAUCGUUUCAGGAAUGCUGGAGCACGAGACUAUCCAAGGUGUCUCAGGGGUGAAGCCAACAGGCCUGCGGAAGAGAACAUCCAGCAUUGCUGAUGAAGGGACCUACACCUUGGACUCCAUCAUUCGGCAGCUGAACUCUUUCCAUUCCGUGAUGUGUCAGCACGGAAUGGACCCAGAGCUGAUCAAACAGGUUGUCAAGCAGAUGUUCUACAUCGUUGGGGCCGUGACGCUCAAUAACCUUCUCCUGCGCAAGGACAUGUGCUCGUGGAGCAAAGGAAUGCAGAUAAGGUACAAUGUGAGUCAACUGGAAGAAUGGCUACGUGAUAAAAAUCUGAUGAAUAGCGGAGCUAAAGAAACGCUGGAACCCCUCAUCCAGGCUGCACAGCUGUUGCAAGUAAAAAAGAAAACGGAUGAAGAUGCAGAAGCCAUUUGUUCAAUGUGCAAUGCACUGACCACUGCCCAGAUUGUAAAAGUUCUGAAUUUGUAUACGCCAGUUAAUGAGUUUGAAGAAAGAGUCUUGGUGUCAUUUAUACGUACGAUACAGAUGCGCCUGCGAGACAGGAAGGACUCUCCCCAGUUGCUCAUGGAUGCUAAGCACAUCUUUCCUGUUACAUUUCCAUUUAAUCCAUCUUCUCUGGCAUUAGAAACCAUUCAGAUCCCAGCCAGCUUGGGCCUGGGCUUCAUAUCACGUGUCUGAUCCCAAGGAUGUACCCGUCAGUGUUAGAUGGAGUCAGUUCCCUGGUAUCCUUACCCGUUCAAACAUAGUGAGCCACUGAAAACACAUUUUCUGUACAAACAGUCUCUAUGUGCCCAGAUCUGUAGUAAAAGUAGCUGGGAAACUACGUAACAGCACGACAGAUUGAAGGCUAAUGGAAAGAUGUGCGUUUGGGUUCAGUCAUUGCGUUUACGAGGACAUCACCAAUUCGUACGUUUCCAGAGUGUGGAAAUUGGGCUUGGACAAAAACUGUGUCUUCAGCUGUCUAGAGACAUUUUUAGAUCUUUAGUAACCUAUUUAAAUAGUGUAAAUUAAACUCGUAUGUAAUCUUCUCGUAGGCAGGGACCGAGAGGGACAGUCCCAGUCCUGAACGUGGAAGACUUGAAAGUAAGGCAUUUUGUAGUAGAAUACACGGUCACCUGGGAGCCUGUUACAUUUAGUUUGUAAAAACUGGAAUGGGGAAACACAAACUGGCAAUAUGUAAAAUGAUUUCUUAAACCACUUCCUUAUUUAUGUCAGUUUGACAUAAACUCUAGUGAUAAGUCUUGUAUCUCACGAUAUGCUAUAACUUAGGUGUUCAUUUGUUAGUACUGUGGUUUACCAAGCAUACUAAAUUGCUGCUGCAUAUUGUGUUCUUUUCAAUGUAUAACAGUAUCAUCCUAGGCACUAAAAAUAAGGUAUUUCUGGUUUUUUUUUGUUGUCAACCUCAUUUACAGUCUGAUGCAGUCUGUUAUUUUAACUCUACUUUUGCAAAUGAUAUCAGCACCUGUAGAGGAAAAUGGUAACUAAGCACAAGUAGCACCCUGGAAAUGACCUGUUUAGUUAUUUUUAAAAGUAGGUAGCUAAAAAUACAGAAUCUUGAAGCAAAUGAUCGGAAGUCAAUAAAUAUUUUAGUAUUUAUUUAGAUUUUGUAGUCUGUCUAAUGCUGUUCUUCGUUUCUAGACCCCAGAGAUGACUGUGUAUUUUGAGUAUAAUCUCUUGUUUUGUUGCCAC